GCUUCCUUUCAGAGCGAGGUCGUGUUUAUAUUUGCUGCACGUUAUUUCACCAUCACCAAAAACACGACCAAGGGGAACCAAGCACACCUACAAACAUGCCUCAGAACGAACAUAUAGAACUCCAUAGGAAACGUCAUGGCUACAGAUUGGACUACCAUGAGAGAAAGAGGAAGAAGGAGGGACGCCGUGCCCAUGAAAUGGCAGACAAGGCAAAGAAACUUAGAGGAAUAAAAGCCAAAUUACACAACAAGAAGAGACAUUCAGAAAAAAUACAGAUGAAGAAAACAAUUAAGAUGCAUGAAGAGAGAAAGACAAAACAGAAGAAGGAUGAUGUGGUGCCAGACGGAGCAGUGCCUGCUUACCUGCUGGACAGAGAGGGACAGAGCCGUGCCAAAGUCCUAUCUAACAUGGUCAAACAAAAGAGGAAGGAAAAAGCUGGUAAAUGGGAUGUACCUAUUCCAAAGGUACGAGGAGUUAGUGAAGCAGAAGUAUUUAAAGUAAUAAAAACAGGAAAAACGAACCGGAAAGGCUGGAAAAGAAUGGUAACAAAAGUAUGUUAUGUUGGGGAAGGGUUUACAAGAAAACCGCCAAAGUUUGAAAGGUUUAUCAGACCCAUGGGAUUGCGGUUUAAAAAAGCACACGUCACACAUCCAGAACUAAAAGCCACAUUUUGUCUACCGAUCAUUGGAGUAAAGAAAAAUCCUACAUCAACCAUGUUUACCUCGCUAGGAGUCAUCACAAAGGGAACAGUUAUAGAGGUAAACAUCAGUGAAUUGGGUCUAGUUACACAGGGAGGAAAAGUAAUUUGGGGAAAAUAUGCCCAGGUGACCAACAAUCCUGAAAAUGAUGGCUGUAUCAAUGCUGUGUUAUUGGUGUAAACAUAAUUAAAUCACGGAAUCAGGGCACUAUUGGACAGCCUGUGACAAUAUUCCGUAAUCAGUUGACCAUCAGACGGAAUGUGAUAAUAUUCCUUGAUUACCAGCAGUGGACCAUCAGAUGGAAUGUGAUGUUAUUCCGUGAUUAAUCUAAUUUACCAUCAGACAGCAUGUGAUUACUGUCCAUGAUCAGUGGCCUGUCAAACAGAAGUUUGAUGAAAUGUAUCUCCAAACCAAAAACAGAAUGUUAAAAAACAUCCAGAGUUGAUGUGUCAUUGGACAGAAUUGCGACUUGAUUUUAAUUGUGACCAUCACAUAUGUUUGACCACACAGUACAUGUGAAGGAGGGAUCACUCAUCAGAAAGUGCUCUUAAACAAGACAGACAAAAAAAAUGAAAACUGUCCUACAAUUAACCUGUUUUAAAAAGUUAAAUUAUGUCGAAAGAUAACUGAACACGUCUUUGUGAAAUGCGAUUUAAAGAACAUCUCAUGGUCUGUGCCAGACUACAAGUUACAUGAAGAAUUCACCUUCGUGAUUAAUAUGUGUUUUAAGUGCAGCAAAUAAAAUUAAACACAUGUUAAAAACACCAUCUAAAUAAAGGGAUAUUUGUUCAAUAUAUAUCAUAUUGGACAAUUAUCAAACAG